AUGUCUCUUAAAGCUGAAUUAAAGCAUAUAAAGAAUAAAUUGGCUUCUAAGAUCGAUGAGCUUGAACGAUUAAAAUCAGAUACUACAUCAGCAAGCGAGGAACAAAGUUCUAUAUCGAAUUCUGAUAGGUUUGAAAAACCGUUGCUUUGCAGAUCCUUUAAGGGCAACUCUUCGAGUCAUAAUAAUCUUGCCCAAUAUUUUGUAUGUAGAAAGAAAGAUAAAAGUAUUCUUAUAUACGAAUCUUCAAAAGUAAGUACUCCCAUACUGGCUCAUGAUAAUAUAGAUGAUACAAAAAGGGGUAGACCUUCUAGGUCAUUGUUAAGCAAUAAAGAAUUACCUAUUGUAGUAUUAAGUGCAGGUAUGGUUAAUAACGAUAAUAAAUAUCAAACUCCUCCUAUCAUUAAGUUCACUAUUUUUGCUUUAGUGCCAGAUUAUAGCCAUUAUACAACUGCCUCUGGCAAUCUGUUUUCUGGAAUAUACUCACAGAGUGAGGAUACUAAUGUACCUAAACCAACUAUAAGCAAACAAAGUGAAGCGAUUCUCUGA